AUGGGUUGUACAAGCUCGAUAUCCUACAAGAAAGUGUCAUGUAAACAUUACAACUCCUUUCUUGCCAGUCAAAAAUCCACAUCAGCAGUCACUGCAAACAAGAUUGAACUUUUGCCUCGAGAACGUGUAAUUGUGCAACGGUCAUGGCCAGCUUUGCAAAAGGAUUUACAAGGAAAUGGUCUGCAAGUGUUUCUUAAAAUAUUUGAACUGUGUCCUGAAGUGAAAUCUCUUUUCUCUGUUGAAAAUGUUCGCCAUUCACAACUUGCGAAGAACGCUAUGAUCAAAGCACACGGAGCUCGCUUUAUCAAAGCAAUAGGAGUAACGAUCAACGAUAAUGAAGAAUUUGAGCAUGAUGAAAACAAGUUAUGCAAAUAUUUGUUCGUUUUAGGACAUCAGCAUAAACGAUUCGCCAGAUUUAAAUCUGAAUAUUUUGAAAUAUUCUAUGACGCUUUAAUGUGGCAAUGGGGGCGGUGUUUAGGGGAAAACUUCACGCAGGAAGUGUCAGAUGCCUGGAGUCGUGUAUUUGUUUUUCUGAUGGUAAAACUGAGGGAAGGCUACUGUUCAAACGAGGAACAGUUGAGCAAAAUAUAA